AUGGACAAGCACGACAAGAUGAAUUUUUCAACAGAUUUAAGUAAUCAGUCUAUUAAUGACAACAUGUCUAGAAUGCUGCAUUUAGAUGAAGAAUGUGCAUUGCCACUAGCAGUUGUGUUUACUUUAUCAUUGGCCUAUGGAAUUGUUAUGAUACUUGGACUCUCUGGAAAUUUGGCUCUCAUCAUCAUUAUUCUAAGACAAAAGGAAAUGCGCAAUGUCACUAAUAUCCUCAUUGUAAAUUUGUCAUUUUCUGAUCUACUGGCAACAAUAAUGUGUCUCCCGUUUACUUUAGUUUACACCCUGAUGGAUCAUUGGAUUUUUGGAGUGGGUAUGUGUAAACUAAAUGAAUAUAUACAGUGUGUCUCAGUGACAGUCUCUAUUUUCUCACUGGUUCUCAUUGCUGUUGAGCGCCAUCAGCUGAUUAUAAAUCCUCGUGGUUGGAGACCUAACAACAGACAUGCUUGUGUUGGAAUCACAGCAAUAUGGAUGGUAGCCAUGGCUGCUUCUUUGCCAUUCAUGAUGUACAGUUCCUUAACAGAUGAACCAUUCAAGAAUUUAACCAUUGAUUUAUAUAUUGGAAAAUACGUGUGCCUUCCAGAAUUUCCAGACGAAAAAUUCAGACUCACAUACACAACAUUGUUGUUUGUUGUACAGUACCUUUGCACCGCUAUGCUUUAUUUUCGUAUGCUAUACUAAAUAUUCCUCAGAUUAAAACGAAGGAACAGCAUGAUGGAUAAGAUGAGAGACAAUAAAUACAGAUCCAGUGAAACAAAGAGAAUCAAUAUCAUGCUUUUGUCCAUUGUGGUUGGAUUUGCUCUGUGCUGGCUGCCAUUCUUCAUCUUUAACUUGGUGUUUGACUGGAACCAUGAGGCUGUUGCCACAUGCCACCAUAACUUGUUAUUUUUGAUUUGCCAUCUAACAGCAAUGAUCUCAACAUGUGUUAAUCCAAUUUUUUUAUGGUUUUCUCAACAAAAACUUUCAGCGGGACCUACAGUUCUUCUUUAAUUUUUGUGAUUUUAGAUCUAGAGAAGAUGACUAUGAAACUAUAGCGAUGUCUACCAUGCACACUGAUGUUUCUAAAACAUCUUUGAAGCAAGCAAGCCCAAUAGCAUAA